UGCUUCAAUCAUGGUGGUUUUGUUAAGUCGCUACACCGUCCAUUACAUGUCCACCGAGCAACACCGUAAUUAUAUUCUUCUGAUGAGCCUUGCUCCCAGACUUUGCACGCUUUGAGUAGUUGGAGUUCGAUAAUAAUGCAAGAUAGAACGCAAUUCUGAUAAUAAACUUGAAAAUAGUAACGGUCUGAUUAGUGCGUAUUCUGUUGUUAUACUGAUAUCAUUCAUCUAGAUUGCCGACGUUUUUUAUCAUGUAUUGCGCGUCGACCUUGCAGCACAGCGCUUGAGUGUUUACCAUCUCCAUUUCGACAUCGCUGUGUCUGUCAUUCAGUGGAACGUAAUUGAAUAAUUUAAGCAAUUAUUGCAUCGUAAAAAGUGCAUAUUCAGUGAAAAAAAUUGGAUAAGAUUUAAUAAUAAUGUAAUCUACGGCAUAAUUAAGAUCCCCGAAGGUCUAGACAAAAUUCUCAUGUAUGAAUAAUCAUUGAACUCAUGGGGAAUAGGAGGUAACGUGAUAAACCAAAUGAAAAUUCCCAUAACAUUACACUAGUCUAACAGUGUAACGCAUAUUAAAAUGGUAAGCGAGUACAGAUUACAUUGCGUAAGUACAAUGAUUUCUAUAACACUUAUUUGAAAUUAAGCUCUGAUAUUUUCUAUUUUUAAUCUUGUCUCUCUGAUUAGCCUAUUCCAGUUCACGAAUUGUACUUAAAUCGUCAAUGUAAAUCCCAUAUUUUGCUGAGGAGUCGGCCAUUUUCUUAAAUAAACAAACAAUCGAUCCUUCGAUAGUCGCACCUGCGCGUCUGUCGAACUAUUAGUCUUUGUUUCUUCAUACUAAUUAUUCACCAUAAUGGGAGCAUGAUAGGGUAUAUUUAUUAUUAAGUGGUAAGGUAUAAAAGACAAGUGAAUCGUGUCGUUGAGUAAAACUUAAACAUUUAAGAUGGGGCUAAUAAAUGGCACAUAAAGUAUUUUCGUAUUGGUUAUCAUUCAUCAUUCGUGUUGUCAUUCCAAAGUCACAACACUUCAUACUUUCUUAAAUAUAUCUUUGAUUUGACAUUUAACUUUAUCGUUUGAACGUUCGUUACCAUCGAUAUCUGAGAUUUCGAUAUAUCGUCGUUGUGAUUCGUGAUGUCCGGAAAUCACAAAGCGGAAUUUAAAUAUCCUUCGGAUUAUGUCAAGUUGAAUAUCGGUGGUUCCUUACACUACACAACUUUAGGUACACUUCAAAAAUAUGAUACUAUGUUACGUGCUAUGUUUAGCGGUCACAUGGAAAUGCACAGAGACUCCGAAGGAUGGGUGUUAAUAGAUAGGUGUGGUAAACACUUUGGAACAAUCUUAAAUUUUUUAAGGGAUGGUUCAGUUCCAUUACCAGAGAGCACAAAAGAAAUGGCAGAACUACUUGCAGAAGCAAAAUUUUAUUGUAUCAGCGAAUUAGCAGAAUCUUGUGAGCAAGCACUUCUUUUGAAAGAAAAAGAAGCAGUGCCUAUUUGUAGAGUUCCACUUAUUACUUCUCCAAAAGAAGAGCAGUUUUUAAUUAGCAACACUACCAAACCAGUGGUAAAGCUGCUUAUUAAUAGGCACAAUAACAAAUAUUCAUAUACAAGUUUGUCAGAUGAUAAUCUGUUAAAAAACAUAGAAUUGUUCGACAAAAUGUCUCUUAGAUUCAAUGAUAGAGCACUGUUUAUUAAAGAUGUAAUUGGCUCCAGUGAAAUUUGUUGUUGGACAUUCUAUGGUCAUGGUAGUAAAGUUGGAGAAGUUUGUUGCCACUCUAUUGUAUAUACGACUGACAGGAAACACACAAAGGUUGAAUUUCCAGAGGCCAGAAUUUAUGAAGAGACAUUAAAUAUUUUGUUAUACGAACACCGAAAUGGUCCUGACCAAGAACUAAUACGAGCAACUUCCUCUCGAGGUGGAGUCAGUAAUGCACCACCUUGUAUAUCAGAUGAGGAAGAGAAUGAGCGUUCAUUGGCUCGCCUUCGUUCCAAAUACCAAUUCACGCAACCUCAAUUGAGUCUUCGCCCUUAAAACGCGAGCCAAUAUAAAAUAAGAUGUAUGAAAAGUGGGAUACAAGGAAAAUUCCAUGAAUAUAUAUAUGGGCUACCAUUUAGCUUCAUAUUACAAUUUCAUACCUUCUAGGUUUACAGAUAUGUAUGUAUUCUAAUCCUACAAAUUUGGGAUUAUUUGCAGACAACUUUGAUUUAGAACAGAAUGACAAAUUCGUCAUGACUUAAUUCAUACUUAGACAAUAAGAUAAAAAAUAAUACAAAAGUAUAAAAACGUUUUCUUAUUCUUUAUUUUCGUAUCGAAAAUUGGAAAAUAAGUAUCCUCAAGAGAACAAGAUGUUAGUACUAUUUUUGUGCCAAAUAUUCGUAUGAGAAGUUAAAAUUGAAGUAAAUUGAAGUUGUCAUUGUGUGAUUGAUAAAAUUAUUUAUUAUUUUAUGCUCUAUAACAACUUUUAAGCAGUCAUUUAGAAUAAUGUAUUAUAUAAAAAGUUCCGAAACAUGAGACUACAUUGUUACCUGUUACGAGUAUUAUUAUUAUAGUUGUUACUAUUGUACUAUUAUGGUUGUUACAACUAUUAUUAUAUUGUUAGUAUUAUAAAUUAUCAAUAUUUUUAUUAUGGUUGUUAUCACUAACAUCAUUAUAAAUUCAAAAUCUUUAUAUCCUUUUUUACAAAAGAAAAUUUUACGUAUAUCAUAAAUUAUUGUUUUUAUAAGUGUUUAUUUAAAAAUCCCAGACACAGAGUAGAUGUAAUUACGAAUUUAGAAUUGUCCAGACCAAUCCCAAUUAUAAUAAAGGUAGAAAAUUUACUACUUUUUCCAUAAAUACUAUACAGAAUACAAUUUUUUC